UAUGACAACAAUCAUGGCGGCACAGGGAGCACCUGCAGAUAAAAAACAGGACCAAGCUGCAGAAAAACCAAAGGAAGCAGAAGAAGAAGAGGAAAUUUAUGUGCCUAAAUUGACCCCUGAAGAGCAGGAUUUGGCAUAUGAGCUGAAGGCAGUUAUGAUGAGAAACAUAGCUGUGCAGCAACAGAAAGUGAAAACUGAGCUGGCAUUGCAUGGCAAGAUGGAUGAGAUGAAGAAAAUGAACUGGCGGAACCAGAGACUGAAGCAUGAGUGCGAGUUGUCCAGGACUAAUGCAAUCAAACUCAUGAAGAUGUUUGAGAGGAAGGCAAAAGAAGCUGAUGUGAAGGUGCAAUCCAUGGAGAAGGAGCUGCAGAAAGCCCAGGAGGUGGCUAAGAAGUACCAGGAGUUAUAUGACCAGGAACGAACCACUAAAGGAGUAGGGGCACGCCCACCCAGCAGGGCGGCCGGAGCUGACAUAGAUAGGCCCCCUUCACCUAUGAAAAUCAAGGACAUAAUCAGGAGGAAUGAGGUGUUGGAAGCUGAGAAUGACAAACUGAAAAGGGAGGUGCAUAGGUUGAAGCAAGACAAUGGGGAACUUAUCAAGAAAGUGAAGGGUGCACAGACACAUGCCAUCAAUGUGACAAAUGCACUGGGCACAAGUGAAGCUGCCAGAGCAGAGCUCAUAAAGCGUCUGGACAAAGAGAAAAAGGAACAUGAUCGCCUAAGUCGAAGUCUUACUAAACAAGCAUCAGACUGGAUCUACUCCAGGAAACAGAUGCAGAUGAUGGACGAAGGGACAAAAUGGAACCAGGUGGGUCAUGUUGACGUGUUGGGAGGAGAGGACCGCUUGUACAGGCACCCAGUACAGAAAAAUGUGUACACUCCUAAAAAGAUGUUACCAGUGCAACAAUGGGCCUCUGCUAACCAGUCAAGUUGAGGACUUUAAGACCAAUUAUUACAUCAUGACAGUGUAACAUAUUAGGCCAUUUUGUUGGCAUGAGCCAAGAUUGAAAACAGAAAUCUCUGAAAAUUGUUCUUAGGACCAAACUCUUCAACAUUUGAAAAUUAGGCUAGGGUUCAACUACCGAGGGCCUUAUCAGAAUUGAAUUAAAGCUCUUAAAAUUACGUCAAUCCACAGAAUAUCUGGUAUAAGACAUUGCAAUGUGCCAGCUGUGACACAAAGGUAUUGCAGUGUGUUAUAUGUGACACAUUACAAAUACAUGUUACAACAGUAUACUGGGUAUAAUUGCCAUAACACAUGCCAUAGAGCUAGCUAUAGCAUUCAAGGACCUUAUAAUAAGUUAUGUAUCAGUAAUUUAUUUAAAAUUCUUUUAAAUGUGUUCACAAAUAUGUUGAUCAGCUGUUCUAGGUCUGACCUGGGGCACGGACAACUACAUGGCCGUGAUGUCUACUUUAUGUCAUGAAACUUACAAUUAAAGAGUAGAGGUGGCAUUUUUAUGUAAACAUUUUCUUUAGAUUUAGUGGAUUUUCUUGUAUCAUACAACAAACAAAAAUGGGACCUUAAACUUUCAUUUAAACAUACACUUCAUUGUUGUAAUGACAUUCAUCAAUCAUUAUGUUCUCUUUAUUUUUUAUGACAUUUACAUGUAGAAAGUAUUAACUUUUAUAAUUCAUCACAUAUUUAAUCAUAUUGUAAUCAGGAACUUAUAUAUCAGCUUAGACUUAGAGGACUGCCUUUGGUCUGAAAGGAAGGCAACUUGUAUUGAGAUCAAGUUCUGAGGUUGAAAAAAUUACAGUAAUGAGGUCUGAGAAAAGCAAACUGUUUUGAUCACUAUCUAUGCAAUAUAAUUCAUACUCUGUCAUAGAAAUUGAGCUGAUGUGUAUCCAGUUUUAAAAUAUUGUGUAACAGUUGCAAAGUAUCAACACGAAUAGUAAACCAAGAUCAGUUUUUUGCAGUGGGGUAUUUUAUAAUUGAAAAGUCAGAGUGCUAAGGAAGGGGUUAAUUUGCCAUGAAAUAAAUUUAACAUUUUCUGCAGUGAAUCAGUAAGGAGAGAGAACUGACUGGAACUUAGAUAUUCAGUCUUGUUUUUCUUAUGUAUAUACCUAGUAGUUAAUUGUUUUAAAAUGAGGGAGGUAUGUAUCACUGUCUCAUAAUCAGAAUCUCACUAUUCACAGUCAGAGACAUAUCCUCAAGGUGCCAAAAUUGUCUUUGUUAUGAUAAAUCAAAACAAACAGGUAAUGAACAUGACUUUUAUACCAUUUAGAGUAUUAGGACUUUUCCACAUAUUAUUCUUCUAAAUAUGUCUUUGCAUUUCUUCUUCAUAAUGCAAUAAAUUCACACUUUUAA